GUGGCGGUGAGUCACGGCGGGCGGGGGCUGCCGGCGCGGCGUUGGGGCUGGCACCGCGGGCACCUCCGAGCCAUGGCCCCGGCGCUCGCCCUGCGCCGCCGGCUCCUGCUGCCGCCGCUGCUGCCGCUGCUGCUGCUGCUGCUGCUGCUGCCGCUGCUGCCGCUGCCCCACGGUGCUGCUGCCAGGCUGGAGGAGAAGCUUGCCCACGUCGAGAAGUACGAGACAGUGAUGCCACGCAAGGUGACAGAUCCUCGGGGGAAGAGGGACCUCCCUGUGCGACCGAGCAUCUACCCGGACCACAUCCUCUACAGUGUCCGUGCUGAAGGCAGGGACUACCUCCUGCGGCUGGAGAAGAACAAGGAGCUUCUGGGACAGCAUUACACCGAGACGCACUACUUGGCUGAUGGCACGGAGAUCACAGAGAAGCCAAAUAUUCAGGAUCAUUGCUUUUAUCAGGGCCACGUGCAAGGACAUGCCAACUCAGCAGCGAGCAUCAGCACCUGUGGUGGGCUCAGUGGGUUUUUCCGGGUGAAUGAAACCACCUUCCUGCUGGAGCCCUUGGAGGAGGAUGCGGCUGGCUGGCACGCAGUGUACAGAGCAGCUCACCUGCGGGGGAAGCGCGGCACGUGCCAGGAGUCCGGUGCCACCCUGGAAUAUGACCAUGAACCAAAAAUUCCCGCAGCCAUGAAGCUCUACCGCUGGAAAUCAGCUCCGUUACGGAAAGGUCCCCGAUAUGUGGAGCUGGUCCUGGUCGUGGACAACGAGGAGUUCCGAAAACACAAGGACUUGCGCACAGUACAGAACCGCAUGAAGGAAAUCGUGAACCACGUCGACAAGCUUUAUCAGCCUCUUCGCCUGCGGGUGGCCUUGAUUGGCUUGGAGGUGUGGAGCCACAAGGACAAAAUCAUGGUCAGUCCCAACCCAGAGGUGACACUGGACAACUUUCUCCACUGGCGGGAGGCAGAGCUGCUGCGGAGGAAGCCACAUGACAAUGCCCAGCUGAUCACGGGCAUAGACUUCCACGGCACAACCGUAGGGCUCGCCAAGAAGCUUGUGAUGUGCACCAGGGACUCAGGCGGUGUCAACCAGGACCACAGCACAAAUCCUAUCGGUGCUGCAUCCACCAUGGCUCAUGAGAUGGGACACAACCUGGGGAUGUCUCAUGACGAAGAUGUUGCUGGCUGCCGCUGUCCAGUCCCCAAAGCAGAUGGAGGUUGUGUCAUGGCGGCAAGUGUUGGCGUGGUUUACCCCAAGCUCUUCAGCCGCUGCAGCGAGCAGGACAUGUGGCAGUUCCUCGGGGACCCCAGGACCAGCUGCCUGCUGAAUGUCCCCAGGGCGGAUGAGCUGUAUGGGGGGCCGGUGUGUGGGAACCAGUUUGUGGAGCGGGGAGAGCAGUGUGACUGCGGCACGCCAGAGGAGUGCUCCGACCGCUGCUGCAAUGCCACCACUUGCCAGCUGAGAGAGGGAGCAGAGUGUGCCCAGGGGGACUGCUGCCAGGACUGCAAGGUGAAGGAUGCCGGUGUGCUCUGCCGGGCCAGCAAGAAUGACUGCGACCUGCCUGAGCACUGCACUGGCCUCAGCGCCGAGUGCCCAGAGGAUGUCUUCCAGGAGAACGGCAUCUCCUGCCAGAAUGGCAACGGCUACUGCUACAACGGGGCCUGCCCCUCACAUGGCGAGCAGUGCCGCACACUCUGGGGCACAGAGGCCCAGGUGGCUCCUGAUGUCUGCUUUAAGCACAACAGCGAGCAGCACCUUCACCUCCACUGCCUCACCGAGUAUGGGAAGCGACCCUGCAGCCCCAAGGAUGUGAAGUGCGGCACACUGCUGUGCCUGAGUGACAACACCAGCCCCGUCCUCGGCGGUGGCUCCUACUCCCUCUUCUUUGGCCGCUUCAAGUGCAAGGCGGUCAUUGCUGGCAACGAUGCCAACGAGGUGGUGGCCAAGCUCAGGCUGGUGCCCACCGGCGCCAAGUGCGGAGAGGAGAUGGUCUGCUACGCCGGACGCUGCCAGAACCUCCUGGUCUACGGCAACAAGAACUGCUCGGCCAAGUGCAACAACCAUGGGGUGUGCAACCACAAGCGGGAGUGUCACUGCGAGCCGGGCUGGGCAGCGCCUUACUGUGAGCAGAAGAUUUCAGGGGUGGUGGCAGGGAGCAGCAGCGUGGCCCUGGCAGCUGCGCUGGCUGUGCUGGUGCUCGCCGGCAUCACGCUCGGCAGUGGCGUUGUGCUCUUCAGAGGCAGGGGGACGAAGCUCUUCCAGAAAGGGACCCCCAGCGGGCCUGCUGCAGGUCUUGCCAACCCACUCUUCCACGAGGGCGGCCGGAUGCGCCCCCCCCGCCGCCAGCUGUCCCACCGUGACAUCGGGCCCCCCAACCUGCUUAGCAGUACGGCAGCCCCACAGGCCGCCCGCCCGCUCAGGCCGUGCCGCCCAGCCCCACAGCCACCGGCACCAGUGCCCCAGAUGACAUCUCCAGCGACACCAGUGCCCCAGAUGACAUCUCCAGCCCCUCCAGGAUGGCCCCUGCAGCAGGUGAAGCCAAAGCCACCCAGCAAGCCUCUCCCGGCACUGAAGAGCAAGGAGCCGAGCCGUGGUGAAGGGCCCCCAGGACCAUCACUCCCUCGCUCCCUGCUGACACCUCCCUCAGUCUUUCAGCAGGGUGUCCCCCUGAAGGUGGCCCUGAAGCCGUCCCCGGCCAGGAGGUGACCAAGGAUGCUCCAUCUGCCACCACGGCUGAGGAGCUGCUGGCUCUGGUGCUCAGGUGGCACAGCUGGAGAGCCACCGUCUUGCUUCCACCCUUACUUGAAUUGCUCACCGGACCCUCCCCCGGGAGGGCACCAGUGUUUACGGAUAUUUGAGUUGUGCCUUAACAGACUUCGUAGCCUCACGGCUGGCCCAGGGAGAGCCAUCACCCGGGGCUUUGAGGGGGAGACCAGGAGCAGGGACGAUGCCAGCUCUGGUUUUGAGGCCAGCCCCAGGCUCUCCUGUGCCCUGGGAGCUGCUGCCUUCUCUCCCUGAACCUGUCCUGCUCCUCCUGCCCCUUCCCUGCUGGGGCUGCGUCAAGGAGCCCAUCGGCUCACCGGGGCAGGAGUGCUGCACCCAGGGGCCCAUGCCCCAGGGCCACCACCCUGGCUGGGGACAGUCACACGGGAGGGCCUCACCAGGUCUUUGGCAGGUCUAAGCCAGGCUUAACUUCCCCUCGGAGCUUUUAUCUCUGAAGUUAUCACUUGAGUUACUGUCCUCCUGAAAGGGAAUUUCCUGGGAGCCUUUUUACUGCAGCCACUAACUUAUGACAAUUAUGUGACCAUUUUGAACCACCUCUUGUGAAACCAGGCCUCCCCCUUUUUGAUAUAAUUUAGGUUGAAUGCUUUUAUACCAAUAAAAGACUGAAGGUA